UGUAUUCAAGUACAUGUUGUUGUACAUAGAGUACAUAGAGUUUUUCAGAUUCCAAUGAAAGAUUGCAAAAAGAACAUUGUGUCCUUUAUAACUGGGAAGAAGGACGGACGCAAAAUUAAUUCCAAAGUUGCAGAAAUAAAAGAAGAAGAAAAGGAGAAGAAAGAUGAACCCUGUGGUAGGUUCAACAUGAAGAGAUUGUUCUCUCCGAAACUAAAACAAAAAAAGAACGGCAGGGGAAAAUACCACUGGGCAGUUCUUAGAAGUGCUCUCAUCUUUCUAAGUGUUUGUAAGAAAGCUCAUCAAAACAUGAUGUUUGACGAGGAGAAAACUGAGAAAAAGGAGAAGAAAGCAAGAAAAGAAACUCCAAGAUAUCCAACAUUCCUGGGUCAAGUGUACACUGACUACGAAAAAGAAGAAACUGAUGAAACUUGGAAAACAUGAAUAGUAUACAAGGAUUUUUAAUUAACAGUGAACAUUGUACAUGACAGUGUACAGGGUAAAUUGUACAUUUGUACAGUGAACAUGUACAAUUAACCAUUCUUUUAUGUUUGAUUCUGUAAAUCUUGACAAAAAAGCUAUUAUAACAAAAUUGGUUUUGUUAAAUCAAAUUUUUUAACAAACGCGAGAUCAACUGAUGGAUUGCAAGAUAUAUGUGUUAAAUACAAAAAUAUUGUCUUUUUCUAAAAAAAACAUUCUGGAAAAAUUAGAAAAGUGGAAGAAGUAAAAUUUUGACUCAAAUUUCUGAUAGAUUAUAUUCCAGGCAAAGAUUCCAGGCAAAUAAAAAAUCAAAGAAAGAUUCCAAGAUUAGUCCUUUCCGAGAAACAGUAUUUUUUCAAGGAUACUUUAAGGGACUGUAUAGUACUUUAAGGGACUGUAUAGUACUUUACAGGACUGUAUAGUACUUUAAGGGACUGUAUAGUACUUUAAGGGACUGUAUAGUACUUUAAGGGACUGUAUAGUACUUUCAGAGACUGUAAGCUCGUAAUUUCAACUGAUUCACUAUGCACAGCGGGUUAUGCCAGAUUUACAACGGUGCCAUUAAAGCCUUUGUGUGCUCGACGAGUACAAAGAUAUAUGUGUGUUAACGUUUCGAACCCCGCUUGCCGCGAUGAGUUAAGACUGUACGCAGCGCACACUGGAAUUUGCAACUGAGCGAUCAUAACAGCUGAUUUUGAAACGUUUACACAUAAAAUUAUUCUCUGUACUGACUCGAUAAACACAAAGGUUUAAAGGCCUAAGGUUACUGUUAUAAAUCGGACAUUGACCUCUUUGAAUAGAGGUUCACUUGAAAUUACGCUUACAGUCAGAGGCGUAUUAAGGAUUUAGUCCAGGGGGGGGGGCGCUUAAAAAGGGUUAAAAGGGUUAGCCCCACCCCUGGAACAAGUUUCUGAAAAUCAAGUACCACAAUGAAUUAUCUGAAAGAACUUCGACAUUUUAAUGCUUUAAACAUAACUAAUUACAAAUUUACAUAUUUCACCGCGGUAAAAAUAUUCUCUAAUAAUUCAAAAAAAACCGC